AUGGAAAGCGGGAGAAUGGGGCGGGGUGAUGGAAAGCGGGAGAAUGGGGCGGGGAGAUGGAAAGCGAUAGAAAGGGGCGGGAUGAUGGAAAGCGGGAGAAUUCUCCCACUUUCCAUCACCCCGCCCCAUUCUCCCUCCUUCCAUCACCCCGCUCCAUUCUCCCUCCUUCUAUCACCCCGCCCCAUUCUCCCUCCUUACAUCACCCCGCCCCAUUCUCCUGCUUUCCAUCACCCCGCCCCAUUCUCCUGCUUUCCACCACCCCGCCCCAUUCUCCUGCUUUCCAUCACCCCGCCCCAUUCUCCCGCUUUCCAUCACCCCACCCCAUCCUCCCACCUUCUAUCACCCCGCCCCUUUCUCCCUCCUUCCAUCACCUCGCCCCAUUCUCCCGCUUUCCAUCACUCCACCUCAUUCUCCUGGUUUCCAUCACCCUGCCCCAUUCUCCCGCUUUCCAUCACCCCGCCCCAUUCCCCCGCUUUCCAUCACCCCGCCCCAUUCUCCCGCUUUCCAUCACCCCGCCCCGUUCUCCCGCUUUCCAUCACCCCGCCCCAUUCUCCCGCUUUCCAUCACCCCGCCCCAUUCUCCCUCUUUCCAUCACCCCGCCCCAUUCUCCCUCCUUCAAUCACCCCGCCCUAUUCUCCGCUUCCCAUAACCCCAGCCCCAUCUCCCGCUUUCCAUCACCCCGCCACUUUCUCCCACUUCAUCCCACCCCAUUCUCCCUCCUUCCAUCACCCCGCCCCAUUCUCCCUCCUUCCAUCACCCGCCCCAUUCUCCCGCUUUCCAUCAGCCCGCCCCAUUCUCCCGCUUUCCAUCACCCCGCCCCAUUCUCCCGCUUUCCAUCACCCCGCCCCAUUCUCCCGCUUUCCAUCAACCUGCCCCCUUCUCCCGCUUUCCAUCACCCCGCCCCAUUCUCCCGCUUUCCAUCAACCUGCCCCCUUCUCCCGCUUUCCAUCACCCCGCCCCAUUCUCCCGCUUUCCAUCACCCCGCCCCAAUCUCCCUCUUUCCAUCACCCCACCCCAUUCUCCCUCCUUCCAUCACCUCGCCCCAUUCUCCUUCCUUCCAUCACCCUGCCCCAUUCUCCCGCUUUCCAUCACCCCGCCCCAUUUUCCCGUUUUCCAUCACCCCGCCCCAUUCUCCUGCUUUCCAUCACCCCGCCCCAUUCUCCUGCUUUCCACCACCCCGCCCCAUUCUCCUGCUUUCCAUCACCACGCCCCAUUCUCCCGCUUUCCAUCACCCCACCCCAUCCUCCCACCUUCUAUCAUCCCGCCCCAUUCUCCCUCCUUCCAUCACCUCGCCCCAUUCUCCCGCUUUCCAUCACUCCGCCCCAUUCUCCCGCUUUCCAUCACCCCGCCCCAUUCUCCCGCUUUCCAUCACCCCGCCCCAUUCUCCCUCUUUCCAUCACCCCGCCCCAUUCUCCCUCCUUCCAUCACCCCGCCCUAUUCUCCGCUUCCCAUAACCCCAGCCCCAUUCUCCCGCUUUCCAUCACCCCGCCCCAUUCCCCCGCUUUCCAUCACCCCGUCCCAUUCUCCCGCUUUCCAUCUCCCCGCCCCAUUCUCCCGAUUUCCAUCACCCUGCCCCAUUCUCCCGCUUUCCAUCACCCCGCCCCAUUCUUCCGCUUCCCAUCAUCCCGCCCCAUUCUCCCGCUUUCCAUCACCCCUCCCCAUUCUCCCUCCUUCCAUCACCCCGUCCCAUUCUCCCGCUUUCCAUCUCCCCGCCCCAUUCUCCCUCCUUCCAUCACCCCGCCCCAUUCUCCCGCUUUCCAUCACCCCGCCCCAUUCUUCCGCUUCCCAUCAUCCCGCCUUAUUCUCCCGCUUUCCAUCACCCCUCCCCAUUCUCCCUCCUUCCAUCACCCCGCCCCAUUCUCCCGCUUUCCAUCACCCGCCCCAUUCUCCUGCUUUCCAUCACCUCGCCCCAUUCUCCCGCUUUCCAUCACUCCGCCCCAUUCUUCUGCUUUCCAUCACCCCGCCCCAUUCUCCCGCUUUCCAUCACCCCGCACCAUUCACCCACUUUCCAUCACCCGCCCCAUUCUCCCGCUUUCCAUCAACCUGCCCCCUUCUCCCGCUUUCCAUCACCCCGCCCCAUUCUCCCGCUUUCCAUCACCCCGCCCCAAUCUCCCUCUUUCCAUCACCCCACCCCAUUCUCCCUCCUUCCAUCACCUCGCCCCAUUCUCCUUCCUUCCAUCACCCUGCCCCAUUCUCCCGCUUUCCAUCACCCCGCCCCAUUUUCCCGUUUUCCAUCACCCCGCCCCAUUCUCCUGCUUUCCAUCACCCCGCCCCAUUCUCCUGCUUUCCACCACCCCGCCCCAUUCUCCUGCUUUCCAUCACCCCGCCCCAUUCUCCCGCUUUCCAUCACCCCACCCCAUCCUCCCACCUUCUAUCACCCCGCCCCAUUCUCCCUCCUUCCAUCACCUCGCCCCAUUCUCCCGCUUUCCAUCACUUCGCCCCAUUCUCCCGCUUUCCAUCACCCUGCCCCAUUCUCCCGCUUUCCAUCACCCCGCCCCGUUCCCCCGCUUUCCAUCACCCCGCCCCAUUCUCCCGCUUUCCAUCACCCGCCCCGUUCUCCCGCUUUCCAUCACCCCGCCCCAUUCUCCCGCUUUCCAUCACCCCGCCCCAUUCUCCCUCUUUCCAUCACCCCGCCCCAUUCUCCCUCCUUCCAUCACCCCGCCCUAUUCUCCGCUUCCCAUAACCCCAGCCCCAUCUCCCGCUUUCUAUCACCCCGCCACUUUCUCCCACUUCAUCCCGCCCCAUUCUCCCUCCUUCCAUCACCCCGCCCCAUUCUCCCUCCUUCCAUCACCCCGCCCCAUUCUCCCGCUUUCCAUCAGCCCGCCCCAUUCUCCCGCUUUCCAUCAGCCCGCCCCAUUCUCCCGCUUUCCAUCUCCCCGCCCCAUUCUCCCGCUUUCCAUCACCCUGCCCCAUUCUCCCGCUUUCCAUCACCCCGCCCCAUUCUUCCGCUUCCCAUCAUCCCGCCCCAUUCCCCCGCUUUCCAUCACCCCUCCCCAUUCUCCCUCCUUCCAUCACCCCGCCCCAUUCUCCUGCUUUCCAUCACCCCGCCCCAUUCUCCCACUUUCCAUUACCCCGCCCCAUUCUUCUGCUUUCCAUCACCCCGCCCCAUUCUCCCGCUUUCCAUCACCCCACACCAUUCACCCGCUUUCCAUCACCCGCCCCAUCUCCCGCUUUCCAUCACCCCGCCCCAUUCUCCCGCUCUCCAUCACCCCGCCCCAUUCUCCCACUUUUCAUCACCCCGCCCCAUUCUCCCGCUUUCCAACACCCCUCCCCAUUCUCCCGCUUUCCAUCACCCCGCCCCAUUCUCCCGCUUUCCAUCACCCCGCCCCAUUGUCCCGCUUUCCAUCACUCCGCCCCAUUCUCCUGCUUUCCAUCACCCCGCCCCAUUCUCCCGCUUUCCAUCACCCCAGCCCAUUCUCCCUCCUUCCAUCACCCUGCCUCAUUCUCCCUCCUUCCAUCACCCCGCCCCAUGCUCCCACUUUCCAUCACCCCGCCCCAUUCUCCCGCUUUCCAUCACCCAGCCCCAUUCUCCCGCUUUCCAUCACCCCGCCCCAUUUUCCCGCUUUCCAUCACCCCGCCCCAUUCUCCCGCUUUCCAUCACCCUUCCCCAAUCCCCCGCUUUCCAUCACCUCGCCCCAUUCUCCCUCCUUCCAUCACCCCGCCCCAUUCUCCCGCUUUCCAUCACCCCGCCCCAUUCUCCCGCUUUCCAUCACCCGCCCCAUUUUCCCGCUUUCCAGCACCCCGCCCCAAUCUCCCGCUUUCCAUCACCCUGCCCCAAUCUUCCGCUUUCCAUCACCCCUGCCCCAUUCUCCCUCCUUCCAUCACCCCGCCCCAUUCUCCCGCUUUCCAUCACCCCGCCCCAUUCUCCCGCUUUCCAUCACCCCGCCCCAUUCUCCCGCUUUCCAUCACCCCGCCCCAUUCUCCCGCUUUCCAUCACCCCGCCCCAUUCUCCCGCUUUCCAUCACCCCGCCCCAUUCUCCCUCCUUCCAUCACCCCGCCCCAUUCUCCCGCUUUCUAUCACCCCGCCCCAUUCUCCCUCCUUCCAUCACCCUGCCCCAUUCUCCCUCCUUCCAUCACCCCGCCCCAUUCUCCCGCUUUCCAUCACCCCGCCCCAUUCUCCCGCUUGCCACAACCCCAACCCAUUCUCCCGCUUUCCAUCACCCCGCCACGUUCUCCCGCUUUCCAUCACCCCGCCCCAUUCUCCUUCCUUCCAUCACCCCGCCCCAUUCUCCCUCCUUCCAUCACCCCGCCCCAUUCUCCCGCUUUCCAUCACCCCGCCCCAUUCUCCCGCUUUCCAUCACCCCGCCCCAUUCUCCCGCUUUCCAUCACCCCGCCCCAUUCUCCCGCUUUCCAUCACCCCGCCCCAUUCUCCCGCUUUCCAUCACCCCGCCCCCUUCUCCCUCCUUCCACCACCCCGCCCCAUUCUCCCUCCUUCCAUCACCCCGCCCCAUUCUUCCGCUUUCCAUCAGCCCGCCCCAUUCUCCCGCUUUCCAUCACCCGGCCCCAUUCUCCCGCUUUCCAUCACCCCGCCCCAUUUUCCCGCUUUCCAUCACCCUGCCCCAAUCUCCCGCUUUCCAUCACCCUGCCCCAAUCUUCCGCUUUCCAUCACCUCGCCCCAUUCUCCCUCCUUCCAUCACCCCGCCCCAUUCUCCCGCUUUCCAUCACCCCGCCCCAUUCUCCCGCUUUCCAUCACCCCGCCCCAUUCUCCCGCUUUCCAUCACCCCGCCCCAUUCUCCCGCUUUCCAUCACCCCGCCCCAUUCUCCCUCCUUCCAUCACCUCGGCCCAUUCUCCCGCUUUCCAUCAUCCCGCCCCAUUCUCCCUCCUUCCAUCACCCCGCCCCAUUCUCCCUCCUUCCUUCACCGCGUCCCAUUCUCCCGCUUUCCAUCUCCCCGCCCCAUUCUCCCUCCUUCCAUCACCCCGCCCCAUUCUCCCGCUUUCCAUCACCCCGCCCCAUUCUUCCGCUUCCCAUCAUCCCGCCCCAUUCUCCCGCUUUCCAUCACCCCUCCCCAUUCUCCCUCCUUCCAUCACCCCGCUCCAUUCUCCCGCUUUCCAUCACCCGCCCCAUUCUCCUGCUUUCCAUCACCUCGCCCCAUUCUCCCGCUUUCCAUCACUCCGCCCCAUUCUUCUGCUUUCCAUCACCCCGCCCCAUUCUCCCGCUUUCCAUCACCCCGCACCAUUCACCCACUUUCCAUCACCCGCCCCAUUCUCCCGCUUUCCAUCAACCUGCCCCCUUCUCCCGCUUUCCAUCACCCCGCCCCAUUCUCCCGCUUUCCAUCACCCCACCCCAUUCUCCCUCCUUCGAUCACCUCGCCCCAUUCUCCUUCCUUCCAUCACCCUGCCCCAUUCUCCCGCUUUCCAUCACCCCGCCCCAUUUUCCCGUUUUCCAUCACCCCGCCCCAUUCUCCUGCUUUCCAUCACCCCGCCCCAUUCUCCUGCUUUCCACCACCCCACCCCAUUCUCCUGCUUUCCAUCACCCCGCCCCAUUCUCCCGCUUUCCAUCACCCCACCCCAUCCUCCCACCUUCUAUCACCCCGCCCCAUUCUCCCUCCUUCCAUCACCUCGCCCCAUUCUCCCGCUUUCCAUCACUUCGCCCCAUUCUCCCGCUUUCCAUCACCCCGCCCCAUUCUCCCGCUUUCCAUCACCCCGCCCCGUUCCCCCGCUUUCCAUCACCCCGCCCCAUUCUCCCGCUUUCCAUCACCCGCCCCCCCGCCCCAUUCUCCCGCUUUCCAUCUCCCCGCCCCAUUCUCCCGCUUUCCAUCACCCUGCCCCAUUCUCCCGCUUUCCAUCACCCCUCCCCAUUCUUCCGCUUCCCAUCAUCCCGCCCCAUUCCCCCGCUUUCCAUCACCCCUCCCCAUUCUCCCUCCUUCCAUCACCCCGCCCCAUUCUCCUGCUUUCCAUCACCCCGCCCCAUUCUCCCACUUACCAUUACCCCGCCCCAUUCUUCUGCUUUCCAUCACCCCGCCCCAUUCUCCCGCUUUCCAUCACCCCACACCAUUCACCCGCUUUCCAUCACCCGCCCCAUCUCCCGCUUUCCAUCACCCCGCCCCAUUCUCCCGCUCUCCAUCACCCCGCCCCAUUCUCCCACUUUUCAUCACCCCGCCCCAUUCUCCCGCUUUCCAACACCCCUCCCCAUUCUCCCGCUUUCCAUCACCCCGCCCCAUUCUCCCGCUUUCCAUCAGCCCGCCCCAUUCUCCCGCUUUCCAUCUCCCCGCCCCAUUCUCCCGCUUUCCAUCACCCUGCCCCAUUCUCCCGCUUUCCAUCACCCCUCCCCAUUCUUCCGCUUCCCAUCAUCCCGCCCCAUUCCCCCGCUUUCCAUCACCCCUCCCCAUUCUCCCUCCUUCCAUCACCCCGCCCCAUUCUCCUGCUUUCCAUCACCCCGCCCCAUUCUCCCACUUUCCAUUACCCCGCCCCAUUCUUCUGCUUUCCAUCACCCCGCCCCAUUCUCCCGCUUUCCAUCACCCCACACCAUUCACCCGCUUUCCAUCACCCGCCCCAUCUCCCGCUUUCCAUCACCCCGCCCCAUUCUCCCGCUCUCCAUCACCCCGCCCCAUUCUCCCACUUUUCAUCACCCCGCCCCAUUCUCCCGCUUUCCAACACCCCUCCCCAUUCUCCCGCUUUCCAUCACCCCGCCCCAUUCUCCCGCUUUCCAUCACCCCGCCCCAUUGUCCCGCUUUCCAUCACCCCGCCCCAUUCUCCCGCUUUCCAUCACUCAGCCCCAUUCUCCCGCUUUCCAUCACCCCGCCCCAUAUUCCCGCUUUCCAUCACCCCGCCCCAUUCUCCCGCUUUCCAUCACCCUUCCCCAAUCCCCCGCUUUCCAUCACCCCGCCCCAUUCUCCCUCCUUCCAUCACCCCGCCCCAUUCUCCCGCUUUCCAUCACCCCGCCCCCUUCUCCCGCUUUCCAUCACCCCGCCCCAUUCUCCCGCUUUCCAUCACCCCGCCCCAUUCUCCCGCUUUCCAUCAACCCGCCCCAUUCUCCCGCUUUCCAUCACCCCGCCCCCUUCUCCCUCCUUCCACCACCCCGCCCCAUUCUCCCUCCUUCCAUCACCCCGCCCCAUUCUCCCACUUUCCAUCAGCCCGCCCCAUUCUCCCGCUUUCCAUCAACCCGCCCCUUUCUCCCGCUUUCCAUCUCCCCGCCCCAUUCUCCCGCUUUCCAUCACCCGGCCCCAUUCUCCCGCUUUCCAUCACCCCGCCCCAUUUUCCCGCUUUCCAUCACCCUGCCCCAAUCUCCCGCUUUCCAUCACCCUGCCCCAAUCUUCCGCUUUCCAUCACCUCGCCCCAUUCUCCCUCCUUCCAUCACCCCGCCCCAUUCUCCCGCUUUCCAUCACCCCGCCCCAUUUUCCCGCUUUCCAUCACCCCGCCCCAUUCUCCCGCUUUCCAUCACCCCGCCCCAUUCUCCCGCUUUCCAUCACCCCGCCCCAUUCUCCCUCCUUCCAUCACCCCGGCCCAUUCUCCCGCUUUCCAUCAUCCCGCCCCAUUCUCCCUCCUUCCAUCACCCCGCCCCAUUCUCCCUCCUUCCAUCACCCCGCCCCAUUCUCCCGCUUUCCAUCACCACGCCCCAUUCUCCCGCUUCCCAUAACCCCACCCCAUUCUCCCGCUUUCCAUCACCCCGCCCCAUUCUCCGGCUUUCUAUCAACCCGCCCCAUUCUCCUUCCUUCCAUCACCCCGCCCCAUUCUCCCUCCUUCCAUCACCCCGCCCCAUUCUCCCGCUUUCCAUCAGCCCGCCCCAUUCUCCCACUUUCCAUCACCCCGCCCCAUUCUCCCGCUUUCCAUCACCCCACCCUAUUCUCCCCCUUUCCAUCACCCCGCCUAAUUCUCCCGCUUUCCAUCACCCCGCCCCAUUCUCCCGCUUUCCAUCACCCUGCCCCAAUCUUCCGCUUUCCAUCACCCCGCCCCAUUCUCCCUCCUUCCAUCACCCCGCCCCAUUCUCCCGCUUUCCAUCACCCCGCCCCAUUCUCCCGCUUUCCAUCACCCCGCCCCAUUCUCCCGCUUUCCAUCACCCCGCCCCAUUCUCCCGCUUUCCAUCACCCCGCCCAAUUCUCCCGCUUUCCAUCACCCCGCCCCAUUCUCCCGCUUUCCAUCACCCCGCCCCAUUCUCCCUCCUUCCAUCAUCCCGCCCCAUUCUCCCGCUUUCCAUCACCCCGCCCCAUUCUCCCGCUUCCCAUAACCCCACCCCAUUCUCCCGCUUUCCAUCACCCCGCCACAUUCUCCCGCUUUCUAUCACCCCGCCCCAUUCUCCCUCCUUCCAUCACCCCGCCCCAUUCUCCCGCUUUCCAUCACCCCGCCCCAUUUUCCCGAUUUCCAUCACCCCGCCCCAUUCUCCCGCUUUCCAUCACCCCGCCCCAUUCUCCCGCUUUCCAUCACCCCGCCCCAUUCUCCCGCUUUCCAUCAUCCUGCCCCAUUCUCCCUCCUUCCAUCACCCCGCCCCAUUCUUCCGCUUCCCAUCAUCUCGCCCCAUUCCCCCGCUUUCCAUCACCCCUCCCCAUUCUCCCUCCUUCCAUCACCCCGCCCCAUUCUCUCGCUUUCCAUCACCCCGCCCCAUUCUCCCCUAUCACCCCGCCCCAUUCUCCCUCCUUCCAUCACCCCGCCCCAUUCUUCCGCUUUCCAUCACCCCGCCCCAUUCUCCCGAUUUCCAUCACCCCGCCCCAUUCUCCCGCUUUCCAUCAUCCCGCCCCAUUCUCCCGCUUUCCAUCACCCCGCCCCAUUCUCCCGCUUUCCAUCAUCCCGCCCCAUUCUCCCUCCUUCCAUCACCCCGCCCCAUUCUUCCGCUUCCCAUCAUCCCGCCCCAUUCCACCGCUUUCCAUCACCCCUCCCCAUUCUCCCUCCUUCCAUCACCCCGCCCCUUUCUCUCGCUUUCCAUCACCCCGCCCCAUUCUCCCGCUUUCCAUCACCCCGCCCCAUUUUCCCGCUUUCCAUCACUCCGCCCCAUUAUCCCACCUUCCAUCAUCCCGCCCCAUUCUCCCUCCUUCCAUCACCCCGCCCCAUUCUCUCGCUUUCCAUCACCCCGCCUCAUUCUCCCGCUUCCCAUAACCCCACCCCAUUCUCCCGCUUUCCAUCACCCCGCCACAUUCUCCCACUUUCCAUCACCCCGCCCCCUUCUCUCUCCUUCCAUCACCCCGCCCCAUUCUCCCUCCUUCCAUCAACCCGCCCCAUUCUCCCGCUUUCCAUCAGCCCGCCCCAUUCUCCCGCUUUCCAUCACCCCUCCCCUUUCUCCUGCUUUCCAUCUCCCCGCCCCAUUCUCCCGCUUUCCAUCACCCCGCCCCAUUCUCCCGCUUUCCAUCACCCCGCCCCAUUCUUCCGCUUCCCAUCAUCUCGCCCCAUUCCCCCACUUUCCAUCACCCCUCCCCAUUCUCCCUCCUUCCAUCACCCCGCCCCAUUCUCUCGCUUUCCAUCACCCC